UUUUCAGUUCGCAAGUAUCCCCGGAUUAACUAACAUCCGGCGAUUCAAAACAACCAAACAGUGAAACAGUGAACUGUGAACAGCGACGAGUGAAGGGUUUAUUGUGUUGCAGUGAAGUGAAUAUGUCGAUAACGAUUAAUUGAAACGUUACUCAAUGGAUGAUAUUCAAUCAUGGUGGGAGGUUCCAAGUAUUGCCCAUUUUUGUUCAUUGUUUAGGGUAGCUUUCAACUUGUUGGACUUCGAUAUUGAGGAGCUGGAAGAAGCUCUGCUAACCGAUGGCACAGAGGACUGUGGCAGUUCGUUGCUACAGGAACUUAUAGUACGCUUAUUAUGUGGAAUAGUCGGAAACAAUGGCAUUUCCACGUUCAAUUACCAAAUGUUCUUGCGUCGCCUUUUCAGACAAAAAUGCCGGGAAUACGGGCGAGAGAACCCCUUCAACACUGACAUUGAUUUCCAAUUUCUUCCACUACGAACAAAAGUAGAAAUUCUCCAUGCUCUCUGUGAUUUCCGACUAGAUGCAGACGAUGUUUUAGAUGUCCUUAAGAAUUUAGAUUCAGACAGCUUAAGAGUCCAUCCAUUGGGAUACGAUGAAAAUCGGUCAGCCUAUUGGUAUUUCUAUGGCACCCGGCUUUACAGGGAAGACUAUCCAAAAGCGAAAAAGAAGAAGAAGAAGCCGCGCGAACGAGAGAAGGUGGAGACGAAGGGCGGCCGUGGCGGCAAACGACGCGGCAGGGGGGCGGUGACGGACGACGACGGUGGUUCGGAUGACACGUCGGGGGCGGAGGGAGGCGGAGGCGGUGAGAUGGGCCUCGGCCAGUGGCAGGUGGUCUGCUACACGGAGGCCGACUGGGAGCAGCUGGCUCAUGACAUGGCCGACUCCCGCUGCAAGGAGGAGCGCGCCCUGCAUACUGUGCUCAACGAUGACUUCCUGCCCGAGAUACCCAGGCUAUUCGAGGAGAAGGAACGCCUCCAGAGGAAAAGGCUAAUGGAAAUGCAGCCGAGACGACAGUCAUCACGAAUAGAAAAGCUAAAACACCAAAAGGAAGAAGAAAAACUUAGACAGGCAAAAUUGGAAAAACUGGAAAGACAAAGGCUAGAAAGAUUAAAACAGGAGAAAGAAGAAAAGAAAGACAGUGCGUCGAGUCGAGCCACGCGCGCCAUGAUGAGAUCGCGGUCGAGUUCGGAGUGCGACGGCAGCUUGGUGACGGGGGGUGGGGAGGGGGGCGGUGAAGGUGGAGGCACCGCCCCCGAGUCAGGAGGCGGCGACCACCGCCCCCAGGGCCACGGCCAGGGCCGACAGACUAACAACAGCCUCGCUUCGGCCACCGGACAGAUCAUCAUUCAUCAGCAUCCAUCCAGGCAAAAACUGAAGACAUCUCAAGUGUUCAAACAGAGCGAUGAAGACGUGCGUACCGGCCUUUACAAGAUCCUCGACCGACUGAAGAACCACGACGACGCGUGGCCGUUUGUGGACCCGGUCGAGGAGGAGUACGCGCCGCGCUACUAUUCGGUGAUAGCCAGGCCGAUGGACCUGCAGCGCAUGGAGGACAAACUGGACGCCGGCCAGUACCGCAGCUUUGGCCAGUUCAAGGCCGACUUCCAGCUCAUCAUCGACAACUGCCGCCAGUAUAACGGAUCUGAUAAUGAGUACACGGAAAUGGCGAGCAAACUACAGGAGGCGUUCGAGUCGGCGGUGGAGCGCUACCUGGAGGUGGAGGUGUCGACCGACGAGGAGGUGGCGGUCGAGUUCCAGGGAGGCGGCGGGGGCGGUGACCCGAAGGCGGGUGGAGGCGGACGCAAACGUAAGGGUUCUGAGCCCAGGGAGCCGCGGUCGCCGUCAGAGUCGCUGCCUGCUAGGAGCGACGACAGCGACGAGGAGCUUGACCGUGACCUUGAUCGUGACGACGAGCGCGACCGCGAUAACGCCAAGGAGGAGAGCGGCUCGGACGGCGGCACGAGUCAGACGUCGGGUGAGCGACGUUCGCGAAAGCGGCGGCGACCCGGCUGGCAGCAGAAGAAGGGCGGCGGUGCUCUCAAGAAUGUCGACGCAUUUGCUGCUCUCGAACUGGCUACUGAGCAAACUCUCAAGGACAUCAGCAAAUGGCUGGACGACACACCGCGCUUCUCGGAGUUCUCGUCGGCGAGCAACUCGCCGUCGCAGUCGCAGUCGAUGACGACAGCCGCGGCCGCAGUCGCACUGGAGGACAGCGACGUGGCGGCACGCAUCGAGAACGACUACCGCAACCGGCUCAAGCUGGACCGGCCGCCGCGACCCAGGGAUUACAACCGGGAGUCUCAGCGGCGGAGGUUAAUGAAAGAACAGGGCUUCAUCAAGAGAAGAAGAGAGAUCCACCGUACGAUCGACAGGCUCCAGCCGGGCAAGAGUAAAGGUAAUCUGCUUUCCAAUUUAACCACCUCAAAGAACAACGAGGAAACCUCGGUUACAGCCAACAAAGAUCAAAAAUCCAACUUAACUGACGUUGACGAAUCCGCGCCAAAACUCAGUUUAGGCACUGUACUUACUAGUGAUGUGAUCGGGUUUGGCAAGCAUAACUUUGGGGAAAAUGAGUCCAGGAAAGAAAAUAUAGAUUUCUUGGAUGAUAGUAAUGAUGAUAAGAAGUUGGUGAUACUAGAUGAAGACAAGAAGUCGCCGGAUAGUUGUGUGAAGUCUGAGGAUGUUGCAGACCCGCCCGAUGAGAAGAAGGUGAAGUGUGAAGAGGAAGAGGAGAAGAAGCCGUUGUUGGCUGUGAAGAAGAAACCGGUUGUGGCGGAGAGUGGUGGGGGGAAUUGUGGGGGAGGGGCUAAACAGGCGCCGAAUUUGAGUGCUUGGUUCAAGGCGUUUGGGGCGCCCAAAUCUCAGCCCACCGUCAAGAAGAAGCCAGAAGAGGUGAGACCGAUCUCGGUUUUGGAGGAGAGUAGUAAACCGUCUCCAAGGCCUGAGAAGGUUGUCAACAAGGAAGAUGAGGUGGUGGUUGUGGAGGAGGUUGAGAGGAAGGUUGCAGUUGCAGUGGUGCCACCCUUGCAGUCACCAGCCAGGAGGCAGAGGAAAGCUAGCACGGGAAGUAGUGUUUCGGAAAGGUCGUCGUUCAGUCAAGAUCCCAACGAUCCAAUGAUCGAUGGUUCGUCCCCUAGACCUAGUCUGGAUGAGCCCUACCUGUCACCUCAAUCCGAACCCAUGAAGACACCUUACCAUCACUCACCUGUCAACGGUACUAUCAGGGUCGGGUUCUACCAGGAUACCUCGUUUCCGAGGAGUAAUUCCAGCAGUAGCCCCAGGGAUCCACCGAGUUGUAGUCCAAGGGACCCGCCCAGCUGUAGCCCGAGGGACCACCCCGACUGCAGCCCCCACAGCUACAGCCCCAAGCACCCCGUCCCCAGCCCCAAAACCACGGACUACCGGUCGCCCUUCACCCCGUCAACACUACCCAACUACUCAGCGCCCGUUGUGACCACCUCGUCGGCUGUUUGCGAGACUCCCCUCUACGAGGCGCCACUGUCGCCGUUCCCGGCUCACAUGCCUUACUACGACACCAACAAGCCCAUCAUCGACCAGUACAGGUCGAGCGUGCCUGUAGCACCUGCACAACAGCAACUACCUCCCAAACCACAAAGACUGCCGACUCCGCCACCUGUACAGGCGCCGCCUGCUGUUGAGAAGUGUAUGUUCCCGGUUAAGAAGCGGGGCUACAGUGAUGUGGACAGCAUGCAGCAUCACCAGUUACAACUACAGCAGCAACAACAACAGAAAGCUGUAGAGGAAGUGCCACCUCCAGUUACAAUCAGUGAACCGUACAGGGGAGGCUCGUUCGCUCCCACCCGGGGUGCAGUGGAACAAGACCGUGCUUUCACACCAACCCCUGGCAGGAUGCCCACCUCUCACGCCCCCACCCCUGUCCACCACGCCUACCCCCCUGAGGCCACCCUCAACCUGGGCCUCUCCCACCACACCCUGCCCCCUCCCCGGCACCCCCUCGACCGGUUCACCAACGAACGUCUCCUGCAGGCUCCGUUCUUCGGCGCCGACUACAGUAAGACUGUGCGCUCCGCUGAACAGCUGAUGUAUCCCCAAACCCACGCCUCCACUACACCCACCACUAGUUACCCUGGCAAAGAACCCUGCCACCAGUACCCGGGUAGACCAGAUCUGAGUGAAGUGACCGUCCCCGCAGACUACAACCGUCCCCCACAGACUCUCUCCUACCCUGAUCCACGUGCUAUGAAACCGAGUGAAGUUGUUUCACCCGGCUACAACACGGCGGGACGCACGUCGCCUUCUGCCACAGCUUUAAACUACUCGAGAACUUCGGAUUCUCGGUCGCCCAGCGCUAUCAACCCGUCUUCGCCGCUUAACUUCUCUAACGCCGAUAAGAGGAUGUCUGAUACGGUGAUAACGUCUUCGUCGUCCUCCCCUGUUACCUACAUGACUCGACCGCAGGAUCUGAAACGAAUGCCACCUACCUCACAACCGCUCGCCUACGGCAAAGUGGUCGCUCCUGAUCUGUCGUCGAAAGUGAAUGUGUCGUCACCGUUAUCGUACACAAGUCGACAACCGAUGACUGACAUGAUCCCGGGCAAAGUGCCGUCGCCAUUCUGCGGGCGACCCGAUUUGUCUGAGUACACGAAUCCGGAGUUAGUGGCCAACAAGCUGAGUGUGCCGACGCCGUUGAGUUAUGCAGCCACCCAACAGGAGUUGAUUAACAAGGUGAACUACAGCCACCCCAUGUCGGAGUUGAUGCAGAGUCAGGCCAGGUACAACUACCCGAUCAGUGAACUGAUGCAGGGCAAGGGCUAUCAGGCACAGAUCAGUGAGUUGAUGCAGGGCAAGAGUGACCUGUACGGCAGUCGUCCUGGCGAGCAUCUACUCACGUCACAGUCCAUGUACAACUACUCGGGGGGUCGAGCGGUGGUGAAGGAGGCGCCCGUCAAGAGUGUGGCGCCUCCCAAGAAGCAGACCAAGAAGAGUAAGAAAGCUGCGGCGGCGGCGGCUGCGGCUGCGGCGGGAAUGGAAGCUGCGGCUGCAUCCGGGUUCCAGCAGUAUCAGAGUCAGGCGGCGUCCGACGCUAUUGCCCUGAAAAGCGCUGCCAGUGUAGUGCCGGGAAGUGCCUUCAACUUUGGUCCGGCGCCACACUCUCUCAAGGACAGCUAUGCCUCCUACAUGGACGACAUCCGUUCGUCGGGCUACUAUGUGCCCCCUCAACACCAACAGCCACCCGACACCACCAAAUCUACCUCAAGUGUCGCAGCUCCCCCCGCUCCUCACCCCACCUUCUCCUUCCUCGGCAACUCGUCCCGUCCCCCGUACCCGCAUCCACCCCACCCACAUCACCCCUUCAUCAACUCGCCCUACCAGCAGUACCUGCCCAGGCAUCCCGAGGACAUCCUCAGGCCGAUGGUCCUGCACCAGGGCCUGCUUCCCGGUCCAAGCUACCCGCCCGGGUAUCUCGGCAUCCACGACCCUAUACCUCGGCCAUCGUGGCUUUGAAUGGUGUUUGGCUGAUGCUCCUCGCUGCUAGCUCAAUCUAUCAAUCACUUGUUAUGGUCCCGCAGCAGCUGCCUUUCAUAUCAAGUGUAAUCGCAAUUAAUACUUUGAAGCCAUAGUUUAUGAAUUGUCAGAUUUAAAUAACACCAAAUUAAAAUAUUUUUAUAGUUAAGAAUUUAUUGUUUGCUUCAAGUGUAGUCGGCAUUAGAACUUUGAAGCCCUGAUUUAUGAAUUGUCAAGUUCAAAUAACUCCAAAAAUAGUUGGAAAAAUAUUGAUUGUUUCAAGUUUAAUCGGCAUUAGAACGGCUCUUGAAAUCCAUAAUUGGGAAAAUCUUUCACAGCUGAAGAAUAGGUAGUUGGCAAAAGCCAAUAAUUGAAAUUCAAGAUUUUUGUAUAAAACUAAUCGAGUAACAUGUAAAAAUGUUCAAUUAUUUUGAUUGUGGAGAAACUCAUGUUACUGUAGCAUUUGCAGUACCUAGAGCUAAAUAAAGAUAUUUACUUGUUUUGGCUUGGAAUAUGGAAUUUACAAGUUGCUAUAAUUGUUAAUUGCUCAAAAAUUGAUGAUAAAAGUUAUUUAGUGCUUGCUGGAAACAAACUCCACGUUCAACUUGUAUUAAAGUGUUAUCUAUCCAAAUGGUUUUCAACAUAAAAUUCAAAUUUGAAUUAUGUUUUGCAAGUGUUGUAGCCUGAUGAACUAAUUUUCAUUAAUUGAAUUGUCAACUUAUCAAUGAUAUCGUGAAUUACAAGUUAAUUGAAAUCCCUCCACCAAAGUACUUAAUUUGGUAAUGAACUUGUUCAAAGUAGUUCAUUUUGUAUUUUUCAUAAAUUCUAUGGAAGAAUCAACACCAAAAUUUACCACUUCAGGCAAGGAGCAUCAUCGAAUAACUUCGAACAACAUUCAAAGUACAAAAUUCUAGAUAUAAUUAAUUUUAUAUAAGAAACCAUCAGGGUUAAGAUUAUUUAAGUCAAUAGAUUAUUGGCAAGGUGAUUAGAAUACUAUGUAUUUAAAUUACCUUGAUUUAUUGGUGUAGAUAGAGAUGAAACUCCGUAUACUAUAGUGUGAUUGCGUGUGCAUUGAUUAAUAUAGCAUUAAUUACAAAUGCAUUCUUCUUUAGAUUUAAGAGAAUCUUAGAUCAUUAUCAUUCAACAACCAUCACUUAUUUUUUAGGGCUUUACUCUUGACUUUCCGACAUAUUUUCAUAAUUAUUAACAUAAUUCCUUCAAAUUAUCAGGAGCCUUCAAUUUCUGAUAAUUUUUUUAUUCAUUGCAUCAAGUGAUUUUUUGCAUUUCUCGUUGUUUUAUAUACGAGUACUAAGUCAAAUAGAGGAAUGUAUAAUUCAUAGAAUGUAUUCUAGAUUCCUUUUUGGAGCGGUAUUCUAACAAUUGGAUAACGCCAUUCAAGCUAUAUAUCCAUUAUAUUUUUACAAAUUACAUAACAAAAUUAUUGUUUUGUAGAAUGUAAACAAUCAUAGAAGCUGUUGUCAAUCAAUUAUAUUUGCAACGUUAUUCAAAUAGACUCUUUUGAAAAUAAAUCAUUAUUUUCAGUCACACCAACUUGGUAAUUUUAUUACCAAAUUGGAUUGAAAGUUCAAAUCCAACUUGAACUUUACAGGGAAUAAAUUCCUCACUUUGUUCAAGGAUGUAUUUUCCUAGCUGCGCUGUAACUUUUGUCCAAGCCUCGUCAAGCUUUUAAACCUCGACAGGGGUGAUGAUGACUCAACAUUUUUUGUAGGAAUUGAUAAUAUUAUUUUCUAAAUUUGAAAGCUUUGAUUCUCGAAAUUAUUGAAUACAUGCAAAUUUUAUUCAUCUGCUGAUGAUUUUACAAAUUUUUAAGAGGAAUUCCGUUUUUAAAAGACGGUUUUGGUAAUACAUUACAAAGAAACUAUACGUAUGCUUAUAGGCAAUAGCGCAAUUGAAGAAUGUACUGUAAUUCAGUUCUUAUGAGAUAUUGAAAAAAUGGUUAGUAGCUUCUUUAAGGAAAACCCAAUAUUCAAUGAUAGGGUACUAAAUUAGAUGGUAUCAACUGUUGAAGAUCUCUUGAUGCAAUGAAUAAUGUUUUAUUAGCCUGUACCCGCUAAGCUGAAGACUCUUAUAUACAUGCAUUAAGGAUUUUAGAUCUAUUCAUGGUCUUGAACUCCCAAUGAAAAAUUAAUAUUGUUUGAAAGUCGAACUUUUGGCCGUCAUUGAAUAAUGUUGUUACUCCUAUUCAAGCUAUUGUUUUUCAAAUACCCAAGUUAUAUGAAAAAAGAUUAAUUUUGCUCGAUAUUCGUCUCUCUUAGUUUUAAGAUUUACAAUUUUGUUCACUUAUGUUGUCACAUUUUCUGGACUUGUUUUGACAAUGUUCAAUGAAAGUACAAUGAAAAUAUGUUCAAUGAAUAGAAUAGAAUUUUAUUCUAUUCUAUCCAAUGAAAGUACAAUGUAACCUACUUUAUAAUUUUUGUUUUUCAUAUUUGGUCAUUUUGUUAUUCUCAGUAAUUAUGUCUGUUUUUCGUUAUUGUAAUAAUUUUUGUUGUCAAGUUAAUAAUUGUUUUCUCGUUUUCGGUUUAUCAAAUUGAUAGAUUAUUACGAUUUCAACAUUUUGAAAAAUAUUCAGUUGGAAUUCUGUAAUCUAUAUCGGUGCAAUUAUUUUAAAAGUUAUUUCAAACUUAGAAUUCCACUGUUGUGAAACAAACUUGUAUUUCACCGGAAUCUUGAAUCAUGAUUUUGCUUAUGUGUGAUACAUCAACUGCAAUCAAUAGAUUGAUUUCAUUUAUGUUUAAUAAAGUUCAUUUAUUUUUUCACUCGGUUGAGUUAACUACAAUUGAAUAUAUAUAGUUAAUCAAUAAUUAAGUUACAAAAUAUGUUUCUAAUUAUGGAGAUGAUGUACCCAAUGUUGAAAUAAUCAAUUAAACAAUCUUAUGUAUAGGUAAUUACAUCACAUCAAUAGAUUCAUUUUUGGAUUGCUCUUGAAGCAUAAAGACUAUGCACAUUAUAGCAUUUUAUUAUUUUUGUAUUACUUUGAUGUCUUAUAUAAUAGUCGUCGCAUAUUCUGAUUUAUUUUAUACUGUAGACAGUGUUAAUCAUCUUGAAACCGUCGUAAAAAAUUAACAAUUAUCAAAGUACAAUAUUUUUCAUUUAUAUUGUUGAAAAACAUUCUUGUUACUCUAGAAAAAAUAUUACCUUUACAGGCUCACAUCACAUAUUAUAUUUUCAACUGUAGAUGAAAAUUAGUCCUUUUUAGCUGUAUUUUAUUUGAAAAUUUGAAAUUUAGUAGUAAUUUUACUGUCAAUUCUGUGUGCAAUUAAUAGUUUUGUUCCAAAUCUCAUUAUUUGUCUUCCUUGCAAUAAUAUAUCAAUUGAAAUAUGCAAUAUGGCAAUUACAGCUAGAUACAAGAUGACGAAUUCAGUUAUUUUGCCGUUUUAUAUUUUUAUUACGGUUUUCAUUAGUGAAAUUUGUAAUCUAAAGCCUUGAUCUUCCUUUAAUAACCUUCCCUUUCCGUGAAAUCCGAAUAUCCUUUGCUUCUAAGAAAUAUGAAUUAUGGUGUGCACUUUUAAUCGUUCAUUAAUAGAAUUUACUAGAAUCUGUGACCUUACAUAUCAUUUUAUUGAACCCUACAUCCAGAGCGUGAGCUUUAAUUGUCGAAAAAAUCUUCUCCGAUCAAACUAAUUAUAAUUAUUCUUGUUAAUUAGCAAAUUAAGUGCCAUUAGACAGAAAUUAAUAAUAUUAUUGGUGUGUGGUCAAAACCAGGUGGUAACAAUUAUACACAAAAACCAAAGAAACAGGAUGGUUUUGAAUUACUAUUCAUUUUUAAUGUACGUGUGAAUCGGACCAACCGAUAGUCUAUAGCUGAUAGAAUAAUGAUUAAACAUAACUAAAUCGAUUUACACUUACCAAUUAAGGAAUUCAAAUAGAUUUAUUUCUAUCUAAGUUUGUAAAAAUGUUAUGACGAAGUUGAUUGGUAUUUCUUGUACAGUUUGUUCUUUUAUACUUCAAAAGUACAGUAACUGUGUAUAUAAUACAAUUAUAUAUGUUGAUAUAUAAUUGUAUGCCGUUGUUAUAUAACGAGAUCAAAGAAGUUAUUGAGUGUAUAGCAUACCAAAAGACCACAAGUGUUGCAUUCGAGAACUAUAUCAAAGCCAUUUACCGUCUACGAAUAAUUUCUUGUAAAUUUGUAGAUAGGAAUAGUUGAUAGAUUUAUUACUUGAUGUUGGCAAGUAUGAAGUUUGUUAAAUCAAUAAUAGUGAUGCACUCUGAAGCGUUAGUUCUACUCUAGUAAUUUAGGGUGAUUUUGUGAUGAUAAAUAAUCUUGAACAAUUGUUUUCCAUGACAAAUAAUUUGAAAGUUUUCAACAAAAUUGGUGAUUUUGACAUACUUUAACGUUUUAAUAUUUGUUUAUUGUAACACAUGUUUCAAACUCUUCUUCAAGUGUGAAAAUUUACAUUCAAAUUCAAGUGUGUUAAGUUUUAUUUGAUGUUUAUUGUACAUUCAAGCAGCCCUUAUUAACAAACUGAACUUAACAUUUUGUUUUGUUUGACAAUAAAUAAAACAGCGUAAACAUUACUUUAUGUUUCUUGGUUUCUGUUGAUGUGUUGGUUGAAAGUAGCUUAUAUGUUUUUACUUAAUUAAAAAUUUGUUUUUUAAAAAGUAAUGUUUAUUUUUGAAGUGUUAUCAGGGGUGGGUUAUUGAAAUUGUUCUUAUUGUCUUGGGCAACUAUGGACACUUAUUGUAUAGAUGAGAGAUGCAUUAUAUUUCGCCAUUAGGAGCGAAUGUGAGUUUAAAUAGUUUGAUGAUCCACAUUUCGCUCCAGUAUGCGGAGUAUAAUUCAUUUCAGUACUGUACAAAAAGUGGCACUAGGAUGCAGGUUAUUUUGGGUUAUUUGAGACUACUAUCUUUAUGUUUGAAGUUAUUUUUUACAAAUCUCUAUUUUUGUUUGUAGCUUUAACUUUAUACUUUAAACUCUCAAUGCACCUUGAAUUCAUAAUAAAUAUCCAGAACUUUCUUCACUAGUUAACUCUUGUUUUUUUCAAGUCGAAAAUCUCUUUAAAUUAUCCAAGAUAUUUUUAGUUUUUGUGUGGUUCAAAAUCAAAAAUCAAUUAGUUUCUCUUAUUCUAGAGCAGAAACAUACUGCUCUAAAAACAGAAAAAAUACUACAAAACAAAGUGGGUACUGAAGGCACUUCUAUGCUUAAAAGCAUUCAUUAUUAAAAUUAUUGAAUCUUGUUUUUCAAUUAUUGUCGAACCCAUUUCAAGAACUAUUAUUUUGAACAAUUCUCAAAGUUUUUGUAUGAGGCGUCGUGUUCUUUUGAUAUGUUUGUCUUGUCCUUCUUGAUAAUUUACUUUUUGCAAUUAUUACAAUAACUUUUUCCAAGAUUUCCAUUUUUAUUCAUUUUUUAUUUACUUGUCUUUAUACUUUAGCUAUGGCAACGGUUCCUUUAAAAUUCAAUCAUUCUUUUUCAAAUGUGUGGAACAAACUAAUUACAUUUGUUAUUCUAAUUUUUUGUUGUAACUGCUGUCAUUUAUUAUUUUCAAAAAAAGCUCAAGCUUCCUCCAUUGAAUAAUUUCCAAUAGCAUAGCAGUGAAAAAUAUGAUGUAGAACUCCAGAAACUAGGCAUAGCUUAUAAUAGAUUGUUACAAACUAAUAAAAUAGAAUGAAAAUUGAUCGACACAAUAUUGUAACUUUGUGAAGCUUUAAAUAGUGUAAAAGAAUUUUUAUAAACUGUAAGACUGUAAAUAUUUUGAUGGAUUACAAAGUUUAUCUGAAUUAUCAUCAUCAAUACUGUUGUAUAUUAAUUUGUAAAGUUAUGAUCUCAGUUAUGUUUAAUUUUUGUAAUAAUUUGAAUUUAAAUAAUGACAGCACCGAAUAGAUGAACUUAAACUGUAAUAUGAUUGUAAAUAUAUAAAUAUAUUGAGAAGUUU